AUGCUCCGGGGCCAAGGCGGUCUGGCUGGCGGGGGCAUCUACUUCGCAGAGAGCCCGGCUGAGGCCCGCAGGAAGGCAAAUCAGCGUGGGGCGAUGCUGAAGGCCACUGUGCGUGUGGGUCGCAUGAAGGUGGUUCAGCGCCAAGGGAGCACCACCUUCACACAGCUCGUGUCCGAGGGCUACGACUCCGUGAAGAUUCUUGGUCGUGACUCUGGCACCGAGUAUGUCGUGUACAACUGCGCCCAGGUCACCAACAUCCGCCGAGUUUAA